AUGUCAGAAUGCCUCGUAUUGGGAGAGCUUUCUGACUUGAGACUGGAAUCAAAAAGAGAUGAUCCAGGAGUGGUAGCACGUCCACCUGACAGAGGUGAAGAUGGAGGACUGCUUGAUGGAGGAGGGCAACUACUGCCUCGAGAAAUGGAGGAGGAACUGACUUGUGGAGAAGAGACUCAAAUGUUUUGUCCCAACUGCAGUAAAGAGUUUCCUACAAUCGAGGCCAUUACCCUGCACUUGAAUUCUCAGUCUACCUGUUGGCCACACGAGGAAUGUCCGCAUCAAUUCCCUGUUCCCCCUGGGUUGCGAGGUUCCCAAUCGUCAAAACCUUCUACCACUACUGGUUAUUGUCAUCUGCACUCGGGAUAUGUCUUUGGUGUUGGCAAGAACCUGUUUGACAGGCUGCAAGACGAUCAGUAUGAUUAUCGGCGAGAAAUAAAUAUGUAUUACCCUUUCCAUGAUGAAGGAGAAUGGGAGUUGGCGAAGUUCUUGGUUGAAAACUUAACUCAAGCUCAGAUUGACAAGUUUUUAAAGUUAAAAUGGUUUCACACUCGCCCAAAACCAUCCUUCACCUCCAAGGAGCAACUUCUAGAUUGGACCGAUGCACUACCCUCCUUUGUGCCAUGGAAAGUUUCGAACCUAGAGUUUACGGGCUACAAGACGACUUAUCCCGUGCAACUUAUUUGGCGCGAUGCUCUAGAGGUUGUCAAACAACUUUUCAGCGAUCCGGUUUUCACCAAUCACAUUACCUUCCAGCCACACAUAGUCGAUACAGGUAGUCAACGCGAGUAUGGAGAUUAUAUGAGUGCUGAUAUGGCAUGGAAAAUCCAGGACUAUCUGCCAGUAGGUGCUACGCAAGUACCUAUCAUCCUGGGAUCCGAUAAGACUCCUGUCACGCGGAUUACUGGAGGGCUCGAGAUGCACCCACUUUUCAUCACCAUCGGUAACAUCGAUUCAGAGGUUCGCUCCAAGGCCACCCUGCGAGCUUGGCGCUGUAUCGCCUACAUGCCUGUUAGCAAGUUUCGCGUGCAUUCCGACUAUCAGACCAUUCUUCAGGCGCAGCUAUGGCAUAAGUGCAUUGAUCUCAUCUGCGCCAACCUGAAGGUUGCAGCGAGUGAUGGCUGUUUUAUGCCUGAUCCUUCCCGACAUAUUCGAUACGUCUUUACACCACUCAUCGCCCAUGUAUGUGACCUUCCAGAGGCCUCCAUGAUCGCUGCAAUUGAUCCUUGGGAUCUCGACAAAUUUCAGAAGGCAGCAAAAGCUGCCCAUCUGUCUGGGGUCCACAUGCCAUAUUGGCUUGAUUGGUCGUUUUCGUAUCAUCCACUCAAAUGGAUCAAGGAGAUAGUAGGAAAAACCAAGCUCGACACCCGCUUCAUCACUCAGCACAAACGGGUAGGGACGCACCACUUUACUAAAGGCAUCACGCACGUCAACCAAAUGACUGGGCGUGAGCAUCGUGAUAUUCAAUGCACCAUUGUUUCUUCAAUCUCAGGCGCUGCUCCACCUAGAUUUGUUCGCACAAUCCGCGCUCUCAUAGACUUUUUCUAUUAUGCUCAAAAUCCAGUCCAUUCUCCCGAAUCCUUACAGUCAAUGGUGCAGGCACUCUCUGAUUUUCAUGCAUUCAAGGAUGCUAUCGUCGAGGCUGAGGCGAGGAGGGGGAAGAAGGGCGCCAAAGAAGACUUUUUCAUCCCCAAGCUCGAGUUACUCCAAAGCUUCAGAGGCACGAUUGAGAGACUGGUGAAUGAUUUCACGGAGCAGUGCGUACGGAUUCUCAAUCGCCAGGAGUCAAUGGAAUUGUUCAACCUGUACGCGCUAAUCACUUCCCAUGGCGCAUCGCUCGUCAACCCAGCACUCUCCUGGAUUUCUCGUAUACUCCCUGAUGAAGCAUAUUCUGUCUAUGGACCUCGACGAGUCCGUAAUCAUUUUCACAAGGGCAUUCUUUCUGGAGAUGCUCUCACUGCCUUCCAUUUAACUUCAACACCAGAUCUCAAGUCCCUGUCGCCCGUCGAUAUUCUCACCAAAUAUGCACUCAUUGAUUUUGAUCACGCAGUCUCCCAGUUCAUCCAGUGUUCUUCCCUCUCCAGUGGCGAGAAUACUUGCUGGGACCACAGGCAUGGAUGCUUUUAUGCGUGGAACAAAUUUCGAUUGCAACUUCACUCUGCCUUCCAACCUCGAGUGAUCAUGCCAAGCAGAGUGAUCCAAUCAUACCCUCCCAGCGACCUAUUUCCCCUUGGGAACUGUGAUACCGUCCUUGUCAAUUUUACGAGUGAUGAUGGCCAAAUUACAAGUCGCGUCGCCCAAGUUCGACUUAUUUUUCAGCCCAAGGUUCCACAUGCUUCCAACCUGGUUCUUCCAACAUAUCUUUCCAGUCCGCUCCUCUACAUACAAUAUUUUGACUUCGUCGCCAAUCCCAACGACCGUCCCGAACUCGCAAUGUGGACAGUAGAGCGGUCAUAUGUGGUGGACCAACAUGGCAAACGCUAUAGGCGUGGUGGUGUGGUGUUGUUGACGGAUGUUACACAUGCUGUCGAACUGAUACCAGAAUACGGUGAGAAGGUCAACAAGGACAUUUCUGCGACAACGUGUUUGGAGUCCUAUGACCGUCAGAAGACUCAGAACUUGUAG